UUAGAAUGAAUGAACGACUGAUUUCUGAACGAUAUUUUACAUUUUAUUCAACAAUUUCAUAAAGUGGACGGUCAUUGAGCAAAUGCAUAUUUGUAAAUAAAUACAUAUGAUAAAUGCGCACGCGCAUACGUUUAUAGACGAUUCAAAUGUUGUUCUGCGCUAUUUACGUAAAAUAUACGUUUCAAAACCAUAACGUUUGAUCGUUUGAUUAGAAAAAAACGACACGUUGGUGCAAAGAGUGUUCAGUAGAUGUAAAAGACCAAAUAUUGUAAAACGCGUAUAGUUGCUGUAUCAGAGGAGAAGAAAAUCUUGACGAAAUGGUGAAGAUAGCUUUGCAGAUAAAAGUUACGCUAGAGAAUAUACAGGAACUUAGACCAUCGGGACCAGAAUUUAGAUGGUAUUUCAAGUUUUGUUGUAGCAAUUGUGGCGAAGUAUCUGAAAAGUGGAAUUAUGUGUCUUUGAACGAGUCUAUUCCAGCUCAAAGAGGAAACGCUGUGAAUCAUAUCGUGAUCAAGUGCAAACUCUGUUCUCGCGAAAACAGUUUAACCAUUUUGGAAGACUCUAUAAAACCGUACAUCGCGGAUGAUCAAGAUAAAUUUCAGACGAUCGCGACGUUCGAUUGCCGAGGUCUCGAACCUACCGAUUUUUCGGCAAGGGAAGGAUGGAUUGCCAAAGCGAUCGACGAUGGAAAGGAAUUUACAGAUGUGGAUUUAUCUGAUGGAGAGUGGGCCGAUUACUGUGAUAAGAUUAAAGAACCUGUUGGAAUUUAUCAAAUCGAGCACAAAUUUGCAAGGAUUAAAUAAAAGGUUGUUAAAUCGUUAAAAUCUAUUGUUAUACCAAGAUAUUUGGCAGAAAAGAGACACAACAUAAUAAAUGUUUUUAGUAUGUAAGAUUCGAGGAAUUUGUUCGUGUUUCUGUUCUUUGCUCUACUAGUUUUUCGUAUAUCAAUGUAUUUUACUAUAUAGUCUAAAGCGUGUUCAUAGGUAUCUGCAUCUAUCUAAUAUACAUUUAAAGCUGGAAUCUUUAAAAGAAAUAUUGUUGUAUCGCUACUUCUUUUUUUUUUGUAACAGAUUGUAUCGCAUUAAAGCAUAAAAAAUAUACUAGCUUUACAUACAUACCUCUUUAUCGUUUUUAAUAAAAAGUAGCAGGGUAUGUAAAACACGAUUAACCCUGCCUCUUUGGAUAUCGUUUAAAGAACAGAUACAUAAAAUUAUGGAAGCUGUCUACGUAUAGCAUUCUCUAGGCACUAGAUACAGCUAAAACAAACAAACGCACGUUUCCAACGACGUAAUAUAAUUUAUUCAUAAUCAUAUAAAAAAACACCAUUUAAUCUCGUAAAUGGUUUAGUACACAGAAAAUUUGCAACAAUAAUUUCGUGUCCCGUCAAAGUCGAUUCAAAACUGUCGAUCAUACCCUGCACAAAUAUAACCAGAUGACUAGCAUUGCUCGUUAACAGGGAAACAGUUUGAACGUUUAAUUCGCUAAUCAUUCGACGAGUCAUCGAAGAUUUCAAGCAAGACUACAAGAAAAUUUACAACUCGUCUCUUUGUUUACAUCUUCGGAAUGUCUCGAUCUACUUAAUUAAUUAAAAUAAUGAAAAAACGAUAAUAAUAAUAAUAAUAAUAGUAAUAAUAAUAAGAAGGAGAAGAAUAGGAGUUAAUAACGGUAGUAAUAAUAAUAUAGUAAUCGUCGUGUCGUUUACUUGGAUCGUUUAAGAAAAGAAAAGUAGAUCUGUAUUCGAUUAAAAACCAAGUAUAUGUACACGCGCCGAGUAUG